CCAUAACCAAAAUCUUGGGUUUUCAGCCCAGCCAGUCAGCCGUGUAGCUAAAAUGUAAACAAAAUAAUUCAUGAAUUUAAAAUUGAAUAGGUAGGCGUGGCUAUAUAUUAUUCUUAUUCUUAAGUCGUUCUUUGAUUCUUAAUUAGAACUUUGAUAAUGAAAGGCAGCUUAGAUACUAUAUAAUAGGUAAUGUUAUAAAAUCAUGGCAUCCAAGGGAGCAGUAGUAGCAGAUCUAUUUAGAAAAGCGAUUGCUACCACAAAAUGCUUUGAUCAGAAUCUUCGUAAGCUAAAAUUGGUGGCUUGUGGAGAUGGACGUAUGGUGACAGAAUUCCAAGUGGGACCUGAACAUCUUAACCAGAGAGGCACACUGCAUGGUGCUUUUAUAGCUCAUCUUGUUGAUGCUAUUUCGACUUAUGCAUUAACAACAAAUGAAAAAGUUGAUACACGAGGAGUUUCUAUUGAUCUCAGUGUAAGCUUCCUUACUGCAGCUAGAGAAGGUGAUAAUAUAGAAGUAGAAGCUGUCACAAAGAAAACAGGCAAGAAGAUAGCUUUCUUAGAAGUACAAGUGAGGAACAAGGACAAAAAUCAAAUUUUAGCUAUAGGUAGGCAUACUAAAUAUAUAGGAGUGUAGAAAUCCACAGUAGUUUGAGUGCUUCAUAAUUUUAAGUGUAUUUAUUUUGUAGAUCAGUAUAAUAUUAUUUAUUAGCAUUGAUUGAAAACAAGGUAAUAAAUAAAAUUCAUGUUGUA